AUGGGUUUUGCUGAGCUCCUGGAACAUGUUGGCAGCAUGGGACGCUUCCAGAUCGUCCAUGUGGUCUUGUUGUCCCUCCCCAUUUUCAUGAUGGCCAGUCACAUGAUCCUGCAGAACUUCACCGCAGGUACCCCAAGCCACCACUGCUUGGUCCACCACCGCAAUGGCACUUCUGGGAACCAAAGCCUGGAAGCAGAGGGUCUCCUCAAGGUCUCCAUCCCCAUGGAUGAGAAAGGGCAGCCCGAGCAAUGUCGCCGCUUCAUCCACCACCAGGGACAGCUCUUGAAUGCCACCAUAGCGAACUGGACUGAGAUGGAGACGGAGACAUGCAAGGAUGGGUGGGUGUACGACAAGACGGUCUUCCCAAGCACCAUCGUCACUGAGUGGGACCUGGUGUGCUCUGCGCGAGCUUUGAAGCAGAUGGCUCAGUCCCUCUACAUGGCUGGCGUGCUGGUGGGAGGAAUCAUCUAUGGAGGCCUCUCAGACAGGUUUGGACGGCGGCUGAUUCUCAUCUGGUCCUGCCUGCAACUGGCUGUCACAGGGACGGCCUCCGCCUUCUCGCCCACCUUCAGUGCCUACUGCACCCUUCGCUUCCUGACAGGGAUGGCCUACUCCGGCACUGUCCUCAAUAUCUUCUCUCUGUGUGUGGAAUGGACGCCCACGAGGUUUCGGCCCUUGCUGUCGACCUACAACGGCUUGGCCUACACAAUUGGACAGAUGGUCCUGGCAGGGUUGGCUUACCUCAUCCCAGAGUGGCGCUGGCUGCAGUUGGCUGUCUCCUUGCCCUAUUUCCUCUUCUUCAUCUACUCCUGGUGGUUUUCUGAAUCAGCCCGCUGGCUGGUGUUGGCCGGGAAGCCAGAGCAGGCCGUGAAGGAGCUGAAGAGGGCAGCCAGGAUGAACGGGAAGCAUGAAGCCUGUGACAAGCUAAAUGUCGAGCUCUUGAGAUCCAAUAUGAAGGAAGAAAUGGCAUCUCUGAAAUCCAGUUAUACCAUUGCGGACUUGGUGCGGACUCCAACCAUGCGCAGGAUCUCCUGCUGCCUCUGCUUUGUGUGGUUCUCCACCAGUUUUGCCUAUUAUGGGCUGAUCAUGGACCUCCAGCACUUCGGCACCAACAUCUACUUGAUCCAGCUGAUUUUUGGGGCGGUUGACUUCCCAGCCAAGUUUAUCUCGGUCAUCACAAUAAGUUACAUUGGGCGCCGGUUCACCCAAGCUGCCACACUUGCCCUUGCAGGGCUGACCAUCUUGGCUAACAUUUUUGUUCCUCAAGAUAUGCCCACCACACGGGCCGCCUUGGCUGCCUUCGGGAAGGGGUGUUUGGCUGCCGCAUUCAACUGCAUCUAUUUGUACACUGGAGAACUUUAUCCAACAGUGCUCCGGCAGACUGGCAUGGGUCUAGGCAACACCUUGUCUCGCUUGGGUGGCAUAUCAGCCCCCCUGGUGAAGAUAUCCGGUGAGCACCUCCCUUACCUGCCACACCUGAUCUACGGUGCUGCCCCCGUGGUGUCUGGGGUCGCUGCCAUCUUCCUGCCAGAAACCCGCAAUGCCUCGCUCCCAGAAACAAUUGAGCAAGUUGAGAACAGGUGA